AUGCUCUGGGGAUCAAAUCUCCAGAACCAACCCUCAAGAGAUGGCCGCCGAAACCCAUGGCACGAGGACGAAUAUCUUCGUGAUGGAAGAGAAGAAGUAGUGACAACGCCUGGCGAAAGCGACGACAGCAGCCCAACGGGAAUCGACCGCAACGCAGGCACCUGGGGCGAGCGCGACGCUGGGCGACUUGAUACGCGUACCGCCGCGGAAGACCUCAAUGUCCUUAGGGAGGAGUUGGCGUCAUUAUCCCGGACACGCUCACAUGGCCAACAGCAGCCCGAUCGCAAUGACGGCCUCUUCAGGACGCUGAGCAGGAAGAGCACGCGUCAGAGCGGACACCAGCAGGAUGAGCUUGCAAAGACAACCAGCAGGAAAAGCACGCGCCCUAGUGCUGCACACCAGCCCUCCACCGAGAAUUCAAUUCCUCGAACAGAAGAUGACUCAGGCGAUAAAGCAGACCAGGAGCCAGGAGAUAUCUGCGCCGUGGCUGCGGAGAAAGAGGAUGACUUCGAGCUUGGCGAGUUCAUGAAAGAGGGCCAUUUCGAGAAGCGGAAAGAUGGAGAAUCGGCGAAGAAGGUCGGAGUCGUGUAUAAGAAUCUCACAGUGAAGGGUGUGGGGUCCACAGCGUCGUUUGUGAGGACCCUGCCUGAUGCUGUGCUCGGCACUUUUGGACCGGAUCUUUAUCGCAUUGUGUCGGGGUGGGUUCCGGCGAUUAGGCUUGGGCAGCAUAAGCAGACGAGGACGUUGAUUCAUGACUUCUCUGGUGUCGUCAAGGAUGGAGAAAUGUGUCUUGUGCUCGGAAGACCUGGAUCUGGGUGCUCUACCUUCUUGAAAGCAAUCGCGAACAAUCGCGAGAGUUACGCCUCCGUCGAGGGAGACGUGUCAUAUGGAGGUAUCUCAGCGGAGAAGCAGAAGAAGCAGUUUCGCGGAGAAAUGGCCAAUCUCAAUGUCUGGCAGACAUUGUCUUUCGCGCUCAAGAACAAGACGAGGAAGAACGAGAAGGGUGACAUUCCUAUCAUCCUUGACGCACUCCUGAGGAUAUUCGGAAUUUCCCAUACCAAAUAUACCCUGGUGGGUGACGAAGUACCGUUGUCUGUUGGGACAAUUCAACACGGGGGCUGGACGCCUGCAACCGCCCUGGAUUAUGCCAAAUCGCUGCGCAUCAUGACCGACAUCUCGAAUCGAACCACAUUCGUCACGCUUUAUCAAGCAGGAGAGGGUAUUUACGAGGUGAUGGAUAAGGUCAUCGUCAUUGACCAGGGCCACUGCAUCUACCAAGGUCCUGCACGCGAAGCACGCCAGUACUUCAUCGAUCUCGGUUUCCACUGCCCCGAACGACAGACUACCGCGGACUUUCUCACUGCGGUAACUGAUCCGACCGAACGCCAGUUCCGUGAAGGCUACGAAGCAAGCGCACCGAAGACCCCAGAAGACCUCGAAAGGGCAUUCAGACAGUCUGAUAUGCACAAAAGGGGACUCGCUGAGAUUGAGCAGUACGAAGCAGACCUGAAGAACAGCGAGUACAAGGAUGCCAAAGAGUUUGAAGGCGCAGUACGUGAAGGCAAGAGCAAGACUGUACGCAAGAAAUCGCCUUUUACCGUCUCCUUCAUUAGACAGGUAUUAGCAUGUACCCAACGCGAGUUCUGGCUCACUUGGGGUGAUAAGACGACUCUAUACACGAAGUUCUUCAUCAUCAUCUCCAACGGUCUCAUCGUCGGAUCGCUCUUCUACGGCCAGUCCCUCAACACUUCGGGCGCUUUCAGUCGUGGUGGCUCGCUCUUCUUCUCGAUUCUGUUUCUCGGCUGGCUGCAACUCUCUGAACUCAUGAAAGCUGUUUCUGGCCGCGACGUCGUCAAACGCCACGAAGACUUUGCCUUUUACCACCCCAGUGCUGUCAGUAUCGCUCGUGUGCUUCAGGACUUCCCACUCCUGCUUGUUCAGGUCAUUCCGUUCGCGCUCAUCAUGUACUUUCUGCAGGGCCUUGACGUCGAUGCGAGCAAAUUCUUCAUUUACUUUCUAUUCAUCUACACGACUACAUUCUGCAUCACGGCACUGUAUCGUAUGUUUGCGGCGCUGUCGCCGACAAUCGAUGACGCGGUGAGGUUUUCGGGCAUUGCGUUGAACUUGUUGAUUAUCUACACUGGUUACGUGAUUCCGAAGCCGCAGCUUUUGGGACAGUACAUUUGGUUCGGCUGGCUGUACUAUGUAAACCCCGUCGCCUACUCCUUCGAGGCAGUUGAAGCCAAUGAGUUUUCCAAUCGAAUCAUGGAAUGUGCUCCCGAGCAGCUCGUUCCCCAGGGUCCCGGCAUCGAUCCUGCAUAUCAGGGGUGCGCUCUGACUGGUGCGCCUCCAAACUCGAACAGAGUGCCCGGAGCCGACUACCUCUCCACCAGUUUCAACUACUCACGAUCAAACCUGUGGCGAAACUUCGGAGUCGUCAUCGCAUUUGCAGUCCUCUAUCUCGUCGUCACCGUCAUCGGUACCGAGUGCCUUUCAUUCGCCAAAUCCGGUGGAGGAGCGCUCAUUUUCAAGAAGUCAAAGCGCGCGAAGAAAGCUGUCAAGGAGGGUACGGCCGAUGAGGAAAAGGUCGUAGCCGGAGACUUGAGCGGCAGCUCCUCAGAGACUGCGACUGCAAAUGCUAACGAGGAAGAGGCGCUUGAGUCUAUCUCGAGCAGUGAGAGCGUUUUCACUUGGAAAGAUGUGGAGUACACUGUCCCAUACCAGGGUGGUGAACGGAAGCUUCUGAACAAAGUACACGGAUAUGCUAAGCCAGGCGUCAUGGUUGCACUUGUUGGUGCUUCUGGAGCUGGUAAAACAACGCUGCUCAACACACUCUCGCAGCGCCAGAGUACUGGUGUCGUAUCGGGCUUCUGUGAACAGAUGGAUCUCCAUGACGGCACAGCUACCAUCCGCGAAGCUCUCGAGUUCUCGGCCAUCCUACGUCAGGACAAGGAGACGCCGAGACAGGAGAAAAUCGACUAUGUCGACAAGAUUAUUGACCUCCUCGAACUUCACGACAUGCAGGACGCGCUCGUUUCGAGCUUGGGUGUCGAGCAGAAGAAGCGCCUCACUAUUGGUGUAGAGCUGGCGGCCAAGCCAUCUCUGCUUCUGUUCCUUGACGAGCCAACAUCAGGAUUGGACAGCAACAGUGCCUACUCUAUCGUUCGCUUCUUGAAGAAGCUCGCAUCAGCUGGACAGGCCAUCGUCUGCACCAUUCACCAGCCUUCCAGUGUCCUAAUCCAACAAUUCGAUAUGAUCCUCGCUCUGAACCCCGGAGGCAACACAUUUUACUUCGGCCCUGUCGGCGAAAACGGCAGCGAUGUGAUCAAAUACUUCGGUGACCGCGGCGUCCAGUGCCCACCCAACAAGAACGUCGCCGAGUUUAUCCUCGAGACCGCCGCUAAGCCUGUCAAACGCAAAGAUGGCAGCCGCAUCAACUGGAACGACGAGUGGCAGAAAUCCCCUAACAAUCAGGAAAUGCUCAAGGAAAUAGAUCGCAUCAAGUCAGAUCGCAGCAAGAAAGUUGCUGAGCAGGAUGAAGUAGAACAGACAGAGUUCGCGGCGCCUAUAUGGCUUCAGACUACUAUGCUGACGAAACGCACAUUCACCCAGUACUGGCGCGACCCAUCGUAUCUAUACGGCAAGCUCUUUGUCGCAGUCGUCAUUGGCAUCUUCAACGGCUUCACAUUCUACCAGCUUGGUAACACGAUUGGAGAUUUGCAGAAUCGGAUGUUCACAUCGUUCUUGAUUCUGCUCAUCCCGCCCACGAUUGUCAAGUAUGUUUUCCCAAAUCCCUCCCCCGCUCCAAAUACCAAUACUAACAACCCUAAAAAUAUGGCGUUGUGGCAAGCGCGAGAAUUGCCAUCGAGGAUUUAUGGGUGGAUCCCGUUCUGCACGGCCCAAGUCGUCGCGGAAAUUCCUAUCGCAAUCCUCUCCUCCGUCCUCUACUGGGUCCUGUGGUACUUCCCCGCCGGCCUUCCCACCGACUCCUCCACAGCCGGCUAUGUCUUCCUAAUGACAAUGCUCUUCUACCUCUUCGUCUCCUCCUGGGGCCAAUGGAUCUGCGCCUUCGCCCCCUCCUUCACCGUCAUUAGCAACGUCCUACCCUUCUUCUUCGUCAUGUUCGGUCUGUUCAACGGCGUUGUGCGGCCGUAUGCCGAAAUGCCCGUGUUCUGGCGGUACUGGAUGUACUACGUCAACCCAUCGACCUACUGGAUUGGCGGCGUCCUCAGCGCCACCCUCGACGGCAUACCCGUGCAAUGCCAACAGACCGAGACCGCAAUCUUCAACGCCCCGCCCGGCCAAACAUGCGGCCAAUACGCACAGGCUUUCGUCGCGCAGUCGCCAGGCUACUUGCUCAACCCCGACGCUACAAAUGCUUGCCAGUACUGCCCUUACUCGGUCGGAAACGACUACCUGGCAACCAUCAACAUCAAGGCCAGCGACAAGUGGCGCGAUUUCGGCAUCUUCCUCGCGUUUUGCUGCAGUAACUGGGCGCUAGUGUACUUCUUUAUCUGGAGCGUGAGGAUCAAGGGGUGGAGCUUUGGCUUUGGGAGGUUGUUCGGAGCGAUGGGUAAAGUUGUGGAUAAGGCGAAGGGUAUGGCGGGUGGGAAGAAAAAGACGCAGGGUGAGGGCGAGGCUUGA